AUGGAUAUUCUAUUGCAUUGCCAUCUUUUAUUGGCUUCUAACCCCAACAUUCUAAAUGAUAUUAGUAACACUGGAGAAAUCCCUCAAAAUGCUGAGUUGAGUUCAUAUAUAUUGAACGGUGAAUCAUACAAAGUGAUAAACCAUAUUGUUGAUACCAAAAUCAAUUCCCCUGACACCAAAAUAGAUUUAAGUUCAUGUGGCGAUGAUAUAAAACAAAUCUCAGAUACUAUACGUAACCAUUUAAUAGAUAUUUUCCCCUCCAAUGACCGCAGUCUUGAUUUACCUUUACUCUUUGCCAUCGCUUUGUUACAAACUUUUAUACAGAACAAUUAUACAGGGCCAUCUGCUCCUUUAGAUGAUUCCUUUAUAUCCAAAUUGUUUGUUACCAAUGAACAAUUCGAUGCCAAAACUGUUAAUACCCAACUGGUUCAUUGUUUAACUAUACUUGGUCAACCUGCAUAUGGACUAGUAGAUAACCCAGGGUUUUUGGUUUUAUCCUUACUAUUAUUGGAACAUAUCACAAAGGAGCCAACUUUAUUUGGUAACAAUGUCGAUACUGAGAUCACUUUACCUAAUGUAUCCUCAACAGAGACCCCAAGUCUGUUAGCUAUUGCACAUUGGUGGAGAGCUAGAGCCUUGCUGACUCACCUUUCUAUCAUUCCUGAACCGUCAGGUAACCACCCAGCUGUUGCCUCUAAAAUCCUAAGUUCAAUCGAUUUAGUUCAUGCAAUCACCAAAAGUUUACCUCAGAAUGUAAGUGAAUCCUUCAAAAGACAACUUUAUACAAUAUUCUAUCUGGAAAACAUUAAAUGCUCUUUGACCAUCAACACCGAACAUCUCUGUCUGCCAACUUUAACCAAAGUACAAAAGUUAACUAAUUUCCAAUUUGUUUUAACUGGUGCUCGUGCAAAAAGAACUAAAUUCCAGCAGGUGACUCAUGCUGGUUUAAUUAUCUUAGCUAAAUCUAGCGAAGACUCCUAUUUUGACACAAAUGAUCAGUCAACUAUAACACCAGAAAGUUUUGAACUAAAUUCUGAUCUAUUGCUGGAGAAACCACAUUUUGAUUCGAUCGGUUCGGAACCAUUAGACGAACAAAUCAUUAAAAGACAAAAAUUGGAUGAAAACUCUGGUAUUGAAAAUGAUAAAUUAUUACCUAUCGCGUUACGUCAAGAAUAUAUACCCACUCAACUACAAGAGUUGGAUCCAAAUAAUCAACCACAUUUGUCCAAUUACGAUACACUACAAUUAUUGUUGAGAUUAUACACGAUAAAAAAGACUACGCCUGCUAGAGAUGCUUUAGUAGAAGAAGAGUUGGCCUCAUUAUUAACAAGAAUUAUUUAUCAAGAAGGUGCAAAUAAUUGGACCAUCUUUUCUCGUGCUCUUUGGGAGAGGUCCAUCUUGGAAACAAAUAAAGCUAAAACAGUGGAAAGGGGUCUUCUGCAAAUGCAAUCUUUGGUGGAAGAAUUGGGUCUUAAAAUCCAAACAAGGCUAAUCCCUGAGGCCAAAGAUAAAGAGAGUAAUUCUCCAUUACCAAGAUUGAAAUAUAUUCAUCAAUUACCAUUUAUUCCACGUUGGGAAUUAGAUGCGUCGUUAGCUGAAAAAUAUAUGUCUAUGGGUAUAUUGAAGUCUGCAGUGGAAAUUUAUGAAAGAUUGCACAUGUAUUGUGAGACUGCAUUAUGUUAUGCUGCCGUGGGACAAGAAGCUGAGGCUGAAAGGAUAUUAUCUGAUAGAAUAAAGAGUAAUACUCGAGAUGCCAGAGCUUUAUCUAUCCUUGGUGAUUUAAGACAAGAUUCAACGCUUUGGGAAAAGAGUUGGGACAUUGGUAGAUAUGUCAAUGCUAAAAAUUCUUUAGCCAAAUAUUAUUACAAUCCACCAAAAGAUUCUGGUUUGACGAGAGAUUAUGACAUUGUGCUGAAGCAUUUAAAUGAUUCUUUAAGACAAUAUUCUUUAAAUUUCAACACAUGGUAUUUCUAUGGUUGUGUGGCCUUGGAAUGUGAAAGGAUGGAAGUGGCAGCCGAAGCAUUUUCACGAUGUGUUGCACUAGAUGAUAGCCACGCAAUGUCAUGGUCGAAUUUAAGUGCUGCAUAUGUGCAUCAAGGUAAAUUAAAAGAGGCCUUCAGCUGUUUGAAGAGGGCAUCAGCCUCCGACUCUCAGAAAAACUGGAGAAUCUGGGAAAAUUAUAUGAUUGUAACAGCAAAACUACAUGAAUGGAAUGAUGUAUUAUUAGCAUGUAAACAGUUAGUUCAAAUUAAAAGAGAUAAAAGCGGUGAGGGGUCAAUUGAUCUUCCAGUUGUAGAAAAACUUGUUGAAAUUUUAGUCUCUAGCAAUUAUGAUCCUGAAGAAUCCAAUUUAAGUUAUUUCCAAAGAUCCUGUAUCGAAUUUGUAUGUAUUACAAUCCCGUCUGUUGUGACAACAAGUGGUAGAGCAUGGAGACUGGUUGCUAGGGUAGAGCUUUGGAGAAAGAGACCCUGGGCCUCAUUGGAUUGUCAGGAAAAGGCGUAUAGAGCUGUUUCACAUAACCCAGACCUUGAAAUUAACGAAAAAAUAUGGAAUGAAACUGUAGUUGCUUGUGAAGAUUUAGUUGCUGCAUAUGAAUCACUGGGUGAGAUGGAAGGUAAAUAUGGACCAGGAAGCCUUGUUUGUAAGGACUGGAAGUACAAAGCUAGAUCAACGAUUAAGAGUUUGAUGAGUAAAGGUAAAAAUACCUGGGAAGGUUCUGAUGGAUGGGAAAGAUUACUUGAAAUCAGAAAACAAAUAUAA